UAACGCAUUAUCUAUAGAUAAUUUAAAUGUUAGACCCUUGUUGAUUAAUAAUAAUGAUCUUUAUUUGAGUCAAGAAGAUUUUGAAGAUUAUGAUAAAAUGAUGAGUCGACUUAAAAAACUUUGUGAAGUUGCUCAAAUAAAGAACGUUCGUUUGAUUAUAGAUGCGGAACAGGUACAUUUUCAACCUGCUAUAGAUCAUGUAGCUAUAAAGUUAUCAAAAAGUUAUAACAAACCUGACAAUAAGAAUGGUCCAAUUAUUUUUAAUACCUUUCAAAUGUAUUUAAAAGAUUCGAAUGAUAGAUUAAUUAAAAAUUAUAAUUUAUCGAGUCUUGAACAAUUUGUAUUUGCGGUAAAAUUAGUACGUGGAGCUUAUAUGUUUUAUGAACGUGAAAGAGCUGAAAAAUUAGGAUAUCCCGAUCCAAUUCACAACACUUUUGAGGAUACUAAUGAAUCUUAUAAUCACGCCGUGAAAUUUUUAUUGAAUGAAUUAUCUCAAAUUCAGAAGAGAUCAAAUAAACAAUUGGACAUUUCAAACAGUCCAAUAGCAUUUAUGAUUGCUUCUCAUAAUAAGGAAUCUGUAAUAAUGGCUUGUAAACAGAUGAAUAAUCUUGAUAUUUCAUCCAAAUCCGGUUUAGUUUUGUUUGGUCAAAUAUUAGGUAUGCGUGAUCAAAUCACCUAUACUCUAGGAAAAUAUGGAUACGGAGUUUAUAAAUAUGUACCUUAUGGCAAGAUCAACGAAGUCAUACCGUAUUUAAUAAGAAGAGUUCAAGAAAAUUCUGCUAUUCUUAGAGGUGUAGGAGGAGAAAACCAAAUUAUAUGGAGAGAAAUUAUGAAUCGUAUUUUUCACAGAGUUCCUCAAGCCUGAAAGAAAAUUACUUUGAGUUGUACUGUAUAGAGUCAUCAAACUAGUAU